GUUCACACUAGACUUAGGCGUUGGAUAAAACACUUUAUUCCUGUAUUCUAUUCCUUCCCCUCAUUCGGUCAUCAUCAUCGUCAUCGCUUUGGCUAUAAAUUCUCCAUUCUCAUCCGAAUCCCCUCAAUCCUCAAAUACACACUUUCUCUCACAGAACUAACAACAUAUAUUAUCACUACUACUACUACUACUACCACCACUACGUAGAAUAUAUAUAUUAAGUUGUUACAUUAUAGCAUCAAAUUAAACACACAAACAACAAUAUGUCAAGGUUUGCAUCCUUUUUCUUGGUUGCCGUUCUUCUGUUCUUCGUUUCAGUCACGUUUGCUGCUCGUCCUGAACCAGCUUUUCAUGAUGCCACCACCCUCCCAACAACUCAAUCUCAUGUUGAGGAAGUGGAGAUUAAGGAAGGAAGCUGCGAGGGGGUAGCAGGGCAAGAACUGGAGGAAUGCUUAAGGAGAAGCACUCUUGCUGCUCAUAUUGAUUACAUCUAUACUCAGAGCCAUAACAGGCAGCCUUGAUUCGUCUUCUCUAUACAUAUCUCCUUCUCCCCCUCUCCCCCUUUUUUUCUUUUUUUGGGCCAUGAUAUAUAUCAUGCACACAAAAGAAAAAACUCAAGUAUUUGAAGCCUGAAAAAUAUGACCCUUAGGCAAUUGAUGUGUUCAGUUACUCCAAUACCAUGAUUAAUUAAGUAUGAUCUUGUUCACUUUGCUACUUUCUGAAUUCUGACUACCAUUUACAAAUUCGUUUGCUGGCGUUCAUCUGAUAUAUACAAAUAUUAUUCACUGUGUCAAGGAUGAUUUUCUGGGAUUUACGUUUCUUAUAGCCUUUACCAACUAUAUACUACAGCCUAAAAAUGCCUUCAUGUAUUGCGGGAAUGUUUAAUCUCCGGAAGUUAUAUUUGUUAUUAACCUAAGAUCGUAUCAGAUUUAAUAAGACUAAUAAAGGCCUCCUUGGUUGAGUCAGGGAGGUUUACAACCGGAGAAAAAGACAUAGUUUCUUUGACACGCGUUUCCCUUUGGUAUGUUUUAAUUCCCUCACAAAAAAGGAGUAUGCAAACUGGAAAUUGAUCUUUGGGCCGUAAAAUCUUUCGC